AUGAAUGUGUUCUUACUCUUCCCACUGUUAUGCCUUUGGCCACCAUCAUCAGCCAUAGUCGUCGUUUCGUCUUUUGUAACGAGUGUAAAUUGUACACUCACAACCACACACACUCUUUGGCACCGCUAUAACGAAGUCUCAGCCAUUGGAGUUGUGUGGCAAGCCAAUUCAUCAAAUAUUGGUCAAGUAGCCGCCUUGGCCACUGGCACAUCCGUCGAACAGCAGCUACUGCUGCAGCAGCAACAACAACAACAGCUAGCACCACCAUCAACGAUACCACAACCGGCCACAAAUCAAUGUUCCUGGCAGUACAAUGGUACCACAUCGGUUAAAUGUAAUUUACGUCUCAUUGAACGUUCGCUGGCAUUGGAUUUACAAGGUGCUGAUGGUUUCAGCCAACUGGAGAUAAGAUGCAGUGAUUUGUAUUUGUUCGAAUCGCAAUUGCCACAGGCGGCAUUUGCUCGUUUGCAAACGCUCGAUGAAUUGCGGCUGAGUUCAUGUAAACUGCUACAGCUACCCAAUAAUGCCUUUGAGGGUUUGAAUACCGUGAAGACGCUGGUGAUUAAUACCCACAAUUCCGAUUGGGGGCCAAGCAAGACUUUGGAACUAUUCCCAGACUCCCUGUAUGGGUUGAAACAAUUAACCGAACUACACUUGGCCGAUAAUAAUUUGAGGGCCCUACCACCUGGUUUUCUGUGUCCAGUUGGAAAUCUACAAGUCCUGAACUUGACAAGAAAUCGCAUUAGGGCAGCUGAGAAUCUUGGCUUUGCCGAUAUGAAUUGUAAUGGUGGUAGUGAGCUACAAACUUUGGAUGCCAGUUUCAAUGAAUUACGUUCAAUUACCGAAUCAUGGGGUAUUUCCCGCCUCAGACGUCUGCAGCAUUUGAAUUUACAAAAUAACAAUAUCUCCGAAUUGUCAGGAGAGGCCUUGGCCGGGCUAUCCUCACUACGUAUUGUCAACUUGAGUAACAACCAUUUGGAAACCUUACCUGAAGGUUUGUUUGCCGGCUCCAAGGAAUUACGUGAAAUCCAUUUGUCCAACAAUGAACUGUACGAACUACCCAAGGGUCUCUUCCAUCGUUUGGAACAAUUGCUGGUAGUGGAUUUAUCCGGCAAUCAAUUGACCUCCAAUCACAUUGACAACACCACCUUUGCCGGCCUGAUACGUUUAAUUGAAUUAAAUUUGGCCCACAAUGCCCUGACCCGCAUUGAUUAUCGCACCUUCAAGGAAUUGUAUUUCCUACAAAAUCUCAAUCUUCGCAACAAUUCCAUUGGCCACAUUGAAGAAGAUGCCUUCCUGCCAUUGUAUAAUCUACACACCCUGAAUUUGGCUGAAAAUCGUCUACACACCUUGGAUGACAAACUCUUCAAUGGCCUCUUCAUACUCUCCAAACUAACGCUGAACAAUAAUCUCAUCUCGGUCAUCGAACCAAAUGUCUUUAAAAAUUGUUCCGAUCUCAAGGAAUUGGAUUUGAGCUCCAAUCAACUCAACGAAGUUCCACGUGCCAUACAAGAUCUUAGCAUGCUGAAAACCCUGGAUUUGGGUGAAAAUCAAAUACGUACCAUCGACAAUGAUAGCUUUAAAAAUCUCCAUCAGCUGACCGGUUUGCGUUUGAUUGACAAUCAAAUUGGCAAUAUCUCAGUGGGCAUGUUUGCAGAUCUGUCGCGGCUUAGUGUUUUAAAUUUGGCCAAAAAUCGCAUACAAAGCAUUGAGCGGGGUUCCUUCGAUAAGAAUUACGAAUUAGAGGCCAUACGUUUGGAUCGCAAUUUUCUCUCCGAUAUAAAUGGUGUCUUUGCCACAUUGAUGUCUUUGUUGUGGCUGAAUUUGUCGGAAAAUCAUUUGGUAUGGUUCGAUUAUGCCUUCAUCCCAGCAAAUCUCAAAUGGUUGGAUAUCCAUGGCAAUUACAUUGAAUCAUUGGGUAAUUAUUAUAAACUACAAGAGGAAAUUCGUGUAAAGACGUUGGAUGCCAGCCACAAUCGCAUUACCGAAAUUGGUCCCAUGUCCAUACCCAACACGGUGGAGCUACUGUUCAUCAACAACAAUCUAAUAUCCACGAUUCUGCCCAAUACCUUCGUGGACAAAGUGAAUUUGGCUCGUGUCGAUUUGUAUGCUAAUGCCCUGGCCAAAUUGCAAUUACAACAACUGCGUGUGGCUCCAGUGGGCCCACUCAAGCCCCUGCCCGAAUUUUACCUUGGCGGCAAUCCCUUCGAAUGUGACUGCACCAUGGACUGGCUACAGCGCAUCAAUAACCUCACCACCAGACAACAUCCGCGAGUCAUGGAUUCCCAUAACAUUGAGUGUGUGAUGCCACAUGCUCGUGGUGCUCCCGUCCGGCCAUUGGCCUCGCUCCAGCCGCAAGACUUCCUCUGCCGCUACGACUCGCACUGCUUCGCUCUGUGUCACUGCUGUGAUUUUGAUGCCUGUGAUUGCGAGAUGACAUGUCCCAACAAUUGCACAUGUUAUCAUGAUCAAAUAUGGUCCACGAACGUGGUGGACUGUGGCGGCCAGCAGACAAUGGAACUGCCGCGUCGUGUACCCAUGGAUUCGAGUGUCGUGUAUCUGGACGGCAAUAAUUUCCCCGUUCUCAAGAACCAUGCCUUCAUCGGCCGCAAGAACCUCAAGUCAUUGUUUGUCAAUGCCAGUCGUGUGGCCAGCAUACAGAAUCGCACCUUUGCCGGCCUCAUCUCACUGCAGAUAUUGCAUUUGGAGGACAAUCUAAUGCAAACGUUGCAAGGCUACGAGUUUGAGCAUUUGUCAGCUUUGCGUGAGCUCUACCUGCAUAACAACCUGUUGACAUCCAUUGAGAAUGCCACAUUGGCUCCACUGCAGUCGCUGGAGGUGCUUCGCUUAGAUGGCAAUCGUUUGGUGACUCUGCCCAUAUGGCAAUUGCAGCUGCCACAAUUCCGUGCGCUACGCACCAUUGCCUUGGGCCGUAAUCACUGGUCAUGUCGUUGCAAAUUUUUGCAAGAGUUGACCUCAUAUGUGGCUGACAAUGCGUUGAUAGUGCAAGAUUCCCAGGAUAUCUUUUGCAUGGAAGAUGCCACCAUGGACAACAGUGGCAUCAUUGGUGGUGUCGGUGGCGGCAGCAGCUAUGGUGGAAGCGGUGGCGGCAGCCGAAAACGUGAAUUGGACUUUAAUGUAACAGCCGCCUGCAGUGACUAUUAUGCUGGCGGUUCGAUGCUGCAACAUGGCAUACCAAAAACGUACAUACCAUUAUUGGCAGCUGCCUUGGCAUUGGUCUUCCUGCUCAUUGUUGUCAUCAUCAUUUUUGUGUUUCGUGAGUCGUUACGUAUUUGGCUAUUCGCCCAUUAUGGUGUGCGUGUAUUUGGGCCACGUUGUGAAGAGUCUGAGAAGCUGUACGAUGCCAUACUCCUACAUUCGGCCAAAGAUUCUGAGUUUGUGGGUCAAUAUUUGGUGGCUGAGCUAGAGACGGGUCGUCCCCCCUUACGUAUCUGUUUGCAACAUCGCGAUUUGUCCCACGAUGCAACACACUAUCAAAUUUUGGAAGCAUCACGUGUCUCAAGGCGUGUUGUGAUAUUGUUGACAAGAAAUUUCCUGCAAACAGAAUGGUCGCGUUGUGAAUUGAGAAGGGCUUUGCAUGAUGCGCUGCGUGGUAGGCCCCAGAAAUUGGUGUUAAUUGAAGAACCUGAGGCAAUAUUUGAGGCGGAGAAUGAUAUAGAAUUGUUGCCCUACUUGAAGACAACAGCUGUGCAUCACAUACGUAGAGGUGAUCGGCAUUUUUGGGAAAAGUUACGCUAUGCCUUGCCGGUUGAUUAUCGUAGUGGUAACAAUUAUACACUUGAUCAUAACCAUGAGCGUAUUAAGCAACCUGCCAGUCCUGGUAUUUUGUAUAGACCUGCACCUCCUCCCGCCUAUUGUCCCGAGGGAGAAGGAGAGCAGCAUUAUUCAUCGGCCACCACAGCAACACCUUCGCCACGACCCCAAAGACGAGGUCCCGAGCACACCGGUACGCUACAUCAUGUACAGGCGACUGGCACACAUCUACAUCCCAAUGCUGUGGCUCAGGCAGCACCCACCACAGCUGCACAGUAUUAUCAUCAGCAUGCCAGUGCAGGUGGUGGUGGUGUUCCAAUGGGCUGGACACGCCCACCAUCGGAACAUAUUUAUUCCAGUAUUGAAUCGGACUAUUCAACACUGGACAAUGAACAAAUGUUGAUGAUGCCACCAGCCUCGCCAUCACCAUCAGGAGGGCAGCAGCAGCAGGUUAUGCAGGGCAUAAAUAGUCUGCAUCGUAGCAUGCAUCAUCCUCAGCAGCAGCAGCAGCAACAACUACAGCAACAGCAUCAUCCAAAUAUGUCGCAAACAUGGCGGCCCCAACAAAUACCCAAACAGCAAAGGGUUACCAGUGGUGAUCACAGUGGUGCCCAAACCCUACAACAUUCACAACAACAACAGCAGCAGCAAAUUCAGCAAGUGGCAGCUAACAACAAUGGCCAAGCUACAGCAGCAGUGGCGGCUUCUUCGCAGGCCCUUAGCAGUAAUAACCAAACAAUACAGCCUGGCCAGCAGCAAGGACCCCAUGUGCAGGCGUAUUUAGUGUAA